AUGGCUGCCAGAGCAAAGACGAAAAAGACAACAAAAAAGCGAGCUCACCGAGCCACCUCUAAUGUUUUUGCCAUGUUCGAUCAAAACCAAAUUCAGGAAUUUAAAGAGGCCUUCAACAUGAUAGAUCAAAACCACGACGGCUUCGUUGAUAAAGAAGAUUUACACGACAUGCUUGCGUCGUUGGGGAAGGAUCCAACCGAUGAUUAUUUGGAAGAAAUGAUAAAGAUGUCGCCUGGUCCUAUCAACUUCACUAUGUUCCUAACACUGUUUGGUGAAAAACUAAACGGGACAGAUCCUGAGGAUGUAAUAAGGAAUGCCUUUGCCUGUUUUGAUGAUGAAGGAACCGGCAAAGUGCAUGAAGAUGUAUUGAAAGAGGCUCUAACUACUAUGGGAGACAGAUUUACCGAGGAUCAAGUUGAUGAUAUUCUACGUGACGCGCCUAUCGACAAAGAUGGAUACCUGGAGUACAAUCAGUUUACUCAUAUCCUAAAACACGGUAAAAAGGACGAGAAUGAUUAACUGUUUAAAAUUCCGCUCAGCAGACAUUGCUUUACGCUUAGAACAGUUUUCAGGUUAGCAGAACUUUCAUUUCGUGAUUUGCAUUUUUUGUGUAUUAAUCAGUUACGGGGUUUAAUGAUUAUUCAUGUAUGGCAAUACAAGUUAUGAUACCUACGCGGACUGUUUAUUUUCCAUACAAUUCUAACCAUCAACCAAAAUUUGAAUUGGUUUGCUAAACAAUAGGCUUGUUUUCUCUCAAAUCCAUGCGGUAUAGACUAGAAAAUUGAGCUGUUUAAGCUUGUACAAUAAACAGUUUGUUAUUUUAAACUAAUUAAACGGUGAUGGUAAAAUCUCUGUCAUUGUGGUUUGAAGAUAAUAAUUUUCUCGGGUGCUCUCCAUACCUCUUUUAUUGCUCAAGUUGAAAAGAAGAGCCUUCACUUCUGAAAAUGUUAUACCUUCUGAACAAUUUUGAAUUCCCAUAACAUUCUCAAGUGCUUCAAACAAGUUUUUAGAACUUAAUAACUGUUGUGUGAUAGAUGGGUAAAGUUUGAAAGUUCAUUUAACUUUUAAACCCUAAGAGAGACUAUAAUUUCAAAUGCUCAAUUUAGAGCAUCUAAUUUCUCUACCAAUAUCUCCCCUGAAUCCCACAUUAAGGUCAUGAGAACACGAGAACAAAGAAACAGAUAACCAACUAAAGAAGCUCUUUACUGUUAAACAAAUUAUAAUUGCCAGCACCUUAGGAAGUAUAUACAGAACAGAAUGGAGAAUAUACACACCUUAAUGCUGGGAUGUAAGGGGUUAAACAAAUUCUUCAUGCCAGCACCUUAGGAAAUGUAUAGAGAACAGUAUGGAGAAUAUGCAUUUUGAUGUUAGUGCGUAAAGGGAUAAAGGCCCUUUCACUUUGUUCCACUUUGAUAUGUCUGUGCCCUUCAGUUCUAUGGUUUUACAUACAACUCUUACCAAAUCGGUGUUUUAACCACUGGUUAAUGCAUUGAAAUUCCAAACCCUAUUGGUAAAAAUUUGUAUGCUCUAACAUUCAUUAUGGGGCAGGAGAGAGCUAUAUUUUCAAAUAUAUCCACUCAGGAGAUAGCUUUCUUGGUAUAGUCAACUUUUAGGAAAUGCCACAAAAGCAAAAGUGUGAAUGGGAAACAGUUUCAAACUGAUCCAGUUCAGUGGGGAUAGUGUCAACUUCAGGUGAACUUACAGUGUAUCAUAGAGAGAAAGUGCCACCAAAUGUCACUUACCAUCCUUGAAAGAGAUGUGCAAAAUGUUUAAUUUGAAAAGAGUGGUCAGUAAAUCUUCUUUCUAGUAUUGAUAAGGGGGGAGUGGAGCAAGUUUGUACUUCUAAGCAAGUCGAUUUUGAGCACUAUUUCUUUGUUCAUAUUUAUAUCAUAAACAUGCCAAACAUAGAUUUGGCUGUCCUUGGUUGUAAUUUCAUUUGAGAGAUAGGAUGUGUGAGAUGAUACUAAAAAAAAACAAAAAAAAAACAAAAAAAAACAGGCAUUCAAUACUGAAUUUUUAUAGUAAUAUUUUUGAAGAGAUGACAUGAGCUAAGUUAAAGCUUUUGACCACUAACUACUUUGAAAAAUUUAAGAAGAAAAGAUGAUGGUUACUCUGCAACUUUUUUGCUGUUACUGCCAAAUCCAAGUGCAUGUGUUAUCAAUCAUAAAAAUUGUAACUGAACGUUUUUUUAAAUGUAACUGCUAGAAAUUUAGCAGAUCAUACUUGAAUAUGAAUUUUAGUGCUCUGUUGAUCCAGUGAAUGAAAAAAAGAUUUCAAACUCAUAGAAAUUCCAAACAGUAUUAAGCAAGAUCUCCUCUGCUAAAGUUUAUGAAAACAUAACAUUUCUAACAUUCAUAACAUAUCUACUUUGAGUGGAUGUUCUAUAGCUGAGAGGGAUUUAUUUUACCAAGUGACAUUGGUAGAGUAUACCCCACAGUUCACUUAGUUAACUUCCGGUAUUUGAACCGGAAGUGACUUCAUGCGCUACGUGAUGCGGGAAAGUGAAGGCGUGUGGCUUCGUAUUUCAAUUUGCAAAAUUUCCUUUGGGAGGAGUGUUAAGAAUUAAUAGCGAAAACUGUUUCUUACACCGCCUCCAUUUUUGCUUGCCGAUCCGAUUUUAUGCGUGUUAGAGCUUAAGGUACAAGAUGGCUUCAAGAAAGACCAAAAAGACGACAAAAAAGCGAGCUCACCGAGCCACUUCGAACGUGUUUGCCAUGUUCGACCAAAACCAAAUUCAGGAAUUUAAAGAGGCUUUUAACAUGAUCGACCAAAACAGUGAUGGUUUCGUGGAUAAAGAAGAUUUACACGACAUGCUGGCUUCCCUGGGUAAAGAUCCUACUGACGAAUAUUUGGAAGAGAUGGUGAAAAUGUCUCCUGGUCCUAUCAACUUCACAAUGUUUCUAACGCUGUUUGGUGAAAAACUGAACGGGACAGAUCCUGAAGAUGUAAUAAAUAAUGCGUUUGCCUGUUUUGAUGACGAUGGUAACGGUAAAGUGCACGAAGAUGCAUUGAAAGAGGCUCUAACUACGAUGGGAGACAGAUUUACCGAGGAUCAGGUUGAUGAUGUGCUUCGUGACGCGCCUAUUGACAAAGAUGGAUACCUGGAUUUCGUUAAGUUCACACACAUCCUGAAACACGGAAAAAAGGAUGACAAUGAUUGA